CCUUUUCCCACAAUGCACCGGCAGCCAAGGCGCCUUUUGCUGUCCCUGCAUGUCAUCAAGGAGGAGGCUCAGCAUCAUUGAAACAUUAGUGCAUGAAAACAACAGCACGCAGCCGCUGUGGAAUCCAACAUCCUCUCUUUAUUUUUCUCCUUACUCCACAGUGACAUGGCUCCGUUCAGCUUAUUGACAGCGGGUGUUAGCCUGUUAGCGAAGUCCUUCAGCGUCUGGUCCUGCACAAACUCCCUGGCACGGUGUACCAGUUUCUUCCCAGUGAAAUGUUUGACGUCCCAGGCCAGUGGCCCACCAAAGAGACCUCUGAAUGGAUACAUGAGAUACGCCGUGCAACAGCAGCCAAUCAUGACCAGACAAAACCCAGAAAUCAAGAUAGUGGAUGUCGUCAGGAAGAUCGCCCAGCAGUGGAGAACGAUGAGCCCAGAACAGAAACGGCCGUUUGAAGAGGCCUCUCUGUUGGCCAGGCAGAAGUUUAAGGUGGACUUCCAACGCUACCAGGCCCUACUGACUCCAGCACAGGUCCAUCAAGAAUCCCUGGACAAGAGGGAGAGGUUGGCCAAGAGGAAGGCCAUACGCAAGAAGAGAGAGUUGACCAACCUGGGGAAGCCUAAACGUCCUCGCUCUCCAGUCAACAUCUUCAUGUCUGAGCAUUUUGAGGAGGCCAGAGGCGUCAACACACAAGCAAAGAUGAAGUCACUGAUGGAAGACUGGAAGAAUCUGUUCAUCCACCAGAAACGGGUCUACACACAGCUGGCAGAGGAUGAUAAAAUUCGCUAUAAGAAUGAGAUGAAAUCAUGGGAGGACCAUAUGAUUGAAAUUGGACGAGAAGACCUGAUCAGAGAGCAGACCCUGUCUGCCAGGAGAAAGGCUGCUUCUCAACCUGCAGCAGCCAAGAAAGGAACAAAGAAAGCUAUAGUGAAGAAGGCCAGUGCCACGGGAAAGUCUACUACAACCAGGACGACAACAAAAACUGUCAGGGCGACCAAGAACAGAUAAGCUGUGUGUAUCUACUGAGUCUAGAGAAAAGCGUGUUCAUGACGGCUGAAGACAGGAGAUUUGAUGACCCAAGACUGUACCCUAGUUUUUUUUUCCGUCCUCAAACUUGAUAGUCACAAAGUAUCAAGUUUUGUCAUUGAUGCAUCUUCGGUUCAACAGGGCAAACUUCACAGCGGUCAAACAGAAUACAAUAAUUUCACUGCACCUGAAGACCUGAGCGCUGGAAUGGAAUGGACCAGGUACAAGGUGAGCUUAUCCUCACCCACUCAACAAAACCCAUAUGGCUUUGAGUGGUUGAAUGAUAUUGAGUGGGACAGACUCAAAUGGGAGUUAGAAAAUGUCAUGAUCUUAAAAGCUAAAACGCUUGAGUGAGAUGUUACAUUUCCCUGAUACGGUUUUCCAUCUGCAAUCGUUAAAAGUUUCUACUAUUACGGUUUAUGUUUAUACAACUACACUCUUCUGUUUUUGGUAUGUUAUACACAGUGUUACUGUAAUUAAUAUGUCUACUGUGAUUCUCUUUUUUUAUCUUGUCAACAAUGAAAAGUGCAAAAUGGUGUUCGUGUCAACUCUUCCUGCACAUCCUGCACAUUCGUUCCCACUGAACAUGGAUAUCUUUAUAAAUACCACAUAAAUACAUUGUUCAUUGGUGAAAAAAGAGCUUGUCACUGUCAUUUAACUCACUUUGUUAUAAUACAGUUUGGAAACAGUGGCGCUCUGCGACAUUAAAGGGAUAGUUCACUCAAAAAUAAAUAUUCACUCCAUCUACUCAACACUAUGCUGAUAGAGCGGUGGGUGAAGUGUUUGAGUCCAAACAACACAUUUGGAGUUUCAGGGAUAAACAGUGUUGGAGAAAAAAAUUCACCCACCCCCCAUCAGGAUAGUGGUGAUUAGUUACUGAGUUUAUACUUUAGGGUGAACUUCCCUUAAAGUAAUUCAGAGAGAGUUGAGAAAUGGACAAAAUAAAUGUCUGGGAAUUGUUGACUAUAAAAUGAAUAACAGUAGUCAUAUUAACACUGAAUCCCCUGUGCUCGUGUGUGCUCCGCCGUGCACUAACCAUGUACAAACAGCACUUCCAUGAAUGGAAACUGACUGAAUUUUUUUGUAUCGUAGUAAUUAGUGUAGCUUAAGCUUGUACAGUCACAAUGUCAAACUGAAAGCCUGUUUUUUGCCAUAUAAGGCGUGAGUAACAUUUACAUCUGACGGUUUGGUUUUUUAAACACCAAAGUUCCAAAUGAAGCGAGCUUUAUGAGAUGCUCUUGUAAAACAUGUUAAGGUUGAUAAAAUCUCACAAAAAAUGUGA